AUGAAGUGGACUUCUUUGCAAUGGCAACAGGACACCAUCAUCAUAUUUAAAGCGAUUUCCAAGCUCACUGACGAGGGCGCAUCUCUGAGCAACAUUGGCUGGUACGGCAGUGCGUAUCUGCUCAUGGUCUGCGCCUUUGACUUCAUUUCUAUAUUGAUGUUCGAUGUUGGACCCGCCAUUUGCGGCGGCGCUCCUUCAUCCAAGGUGCUCAUCGUGGGCCGUGCCAUCGCCGGGUUGGGGACCGCCCCAGUGCUGACGGGGGCGUUUGUGCUGAUUGGCAUCGCCAUACCGGCGCCGCUUAGACCGCUGUACACGGGCAUCACUGGCCCGGUGUAUGGUGUUUUCCUUCUGUGGCCGGACCUCUGCUGGGUGGUCUGGUUGGAUGAUGAUGGUCUCCUGGAGAAGCACGGGCCGGCCAAGGGCAGCGACAGGACAACGCUGAAGAAGUAG